GAUUUAGUGGAGUGGGUGGCCAAGCAAAACUAUGAUGUCACCUUCCUGAUGCAUUACUUUGGUGACUCCCACACUCUUGGCCCUCCCAGCUCCUCUGUCUGUCAUCACAAUCUGGACAGGUCUAUUGACUUUUUCUAAGCUUGGCAUCCCCCUCCAUCCAGACAAAGUAGAAGAGCCGUUAAGGAUAACUGCCUUCUUGGAGGAUUGGUCACAGAAGCAUUAGUGUAGAGGCAAGGAAGUGGAUUCUCUAAUAGGUCACCUUCAGCAUGCCUGGAAGGUCGUACCCCAAGGUCGCUCAUUCUUGUGCCAAAUGAUCAAAUUGCUCUGCGCUUUUCGACGCGAUGACCACCUGAUUCGUCUCAAUCAGGAGUUCUUUGUUGACCUAGCCUGGUGGCGAGAGUAUUUCCAGUCUUAGAAUGGAUGCAGCUUCCUUCAGUACCCCCAGUGGGCUCUACUUCCCGACUUCGACGUUUCUUCAGAUGCCUCUGGGGCUCUUGGUCACGGAGUAGUCUCCCAGGGUUCAGGCCCAUGGCUCCCAACACAGGCCUCUCAGUCAACCGAGUAGAAGGAACUUUUGUUAAUUUAAAAAUUGGAAACCUAACCCUGUUAUUAUAAGAAUCUUAACUGACGUUUCGGCAAUGCUGCCUUCUUCAGGGUAUACCAGAUUAAAUACCGGUAUUUAGCAUUGCAGCAUUGCCGAAACGUCGGUUAAGAUUCUUAUAAUAACAGCGUCAGUUUUACAACUUUUAAAUUAACAUUAAUACUACGCUGCGCAGGUUUUUCAAUCUUUAUCUAUACAAGGAACUUUUUCUUAUUGUUGUGGUAGCUUAGCUCUGGGGUCCCCUAUGGGCCGCCAAACGGGUCAACUUCCUAUCAGAUAACUGCUCAUUGGUGAAAAUUGUGCUGUCUGGCACUUCAAGAGCCCUACCAUCAUGUCCUUGGUUCGGUAUCUGUUCCUUUUAGCAGCUCGUCACUCCAUCUCUUUCACUGCCUCCUCAGUUAGAGAGAAGUCUAACCCGAUCGCCGACUCCCUGUCUUGCUUUCAGUUUCAGUGUUUUUGUUGGCUAGCCCCUCAUGCACACUUCAUUCCGAACCAGAUUCCGAAGCAGCUUCUCUCACACUUGGAACUUUGCUGUCAGAUAAAUGCCACUUCUACUUCACUCAGGGUCUUGGCCCUUCUACUAGGAGAGUUUAUGCUUUUGCCCAACACCGCUUCUUGGAUUUCUGUACUCAGGACAGUAGCCCAUCUCCUUUGGGAUCAGCUCUUCCAACCAAUGAAGACGUGCUUAUCCGUUUCUGCUGUCAUCUUGCCGAUACUCUCUACUAUUCAUCGAUAAAGGUUUACCUUUCAGCAAUCCGGUCCCUUCACAUCGAGGAGGGUCUGCCUUCUUCACUGGUUGGUUGCCUUCAGUUACAGCAUGUGUUGCGCGAGGUCUCAAACGCCGCCAAGGCUCAAAUAAUCCCAUCACAAUCAAGCUGA